AUGAAAAAGAAAUAUAAAACAAAGUUCCCCGUUGCUCGCAUUAAAAAAAUUAUGCAGUUGGAUGAAGAUGUUGGAAAAGUGGCACAAGCAACGCCCAUUCUAAUUUCUAAAGCGUUAGAGCUAUUUAUGCAGUCAUUGAUAGAUCAAGCAUGUCAAGAAUCUCGAGAAAGAAAUGCUAAACGCUUAGCUAUGGCUCAUUUGAAAAAAACUAUUGAAACAGUAGAGCAAUUUGAUUUCUUGAAAGAUAUUGUAGCUAGCAUUCCUGAUCCUAUCGAGCCACAAGCAUUAGAAAGUCCAAAUAAACGUGCACCAAGAAAAUCAGCAAAAAUGAGCGAAGACGCCGAAUAG